GGUCGAGCUGGAACUUGGGACUCUGCGGCGGGCUGGGCGUGAGCUUAACGAUGUCCGCCCGGCCCGCCCCGCCCCCGCCGCUCCAUUGGCCGCAUGUGUGCAGAAAAGGCCCUGCGGUCGGGGGGCGCCCGCAGUGUCACUGGACCGGCUGGGCGCUGGCGCGGAUUGUGGCCAGCAGGUUCGGGCCAGGGGACGCAGGCAGCCCGCCGAGCUCUUCCCGUCCUCGCUCCCACCCUCUCCCCCCGCUCCGGGGGAGGCGGUGUGCUCCGCGCAGGCUGUGGGGCGCGGGGUCGGGCUGGAGCGCCAUGAGCAGCCCGGAUGCGGGGUACGCCAGUGACGACCAGAGCCAGCCCCGGAGCGCGCUGCCUGCGACGAUGGCCGGGCUGGGCCCCUGCCCCUGGGUCGAGGCGCUGAGCCCCCUCGGGGACAUGAAGGUGAAGGGCGAGGCGGCGGCGAGCAGCGGGGCGCCGGCCGGGGCCGCGGGCCGAGCCAAGGGCGAGUCUCGCAUCCGGCGGCCGAUGAACGCCUUCAUGGUGUGGGCUAAGGACGAGCGCAAGCGCCUGGCGCAGCAGAACCCGGACCUGCACAACGCCGAGCUGAGCAAGAUGCUGGGCAAGUCGUGGAAAGCACUGACGCUGGCGGAAAAGCGGCCCUUCGUGGAGGAGGCCGAGCGGCUGCGCGUGCAGCAUAUGCAGGACCACCCAAACUACAAGUACCGGCCGCGGCGUCGCAAGCAGGUGAAGCGACUGAAACGGGUGGAGGGCGGCUUCCUGCACGGCCUCGCCGAGACGCAGGCGGCCGCGCUGGUCCCCGAGGGCGGCCGCGUAGCCAUGGACGGCCUGGGCCUGCCCUACCCCGAGCAGGGCUUCCCCGCGGGUCCUCCGCUGCUGCCUCCGCACAUGGGCGGCCACUACCGCGACUGCCAGGGACUGGGCGCGCCCCCGCUGGACGGCUACCCGCUGCCCACGCCCGACACUUCCCCUUUGGACGGCAUGGAGCCCGAUCCCACGUUCUUCGCUGCGCCGCUUCCCGGGGACUGUCCCGCCGCCGGCCCCUACAGCUACGCCCAGGCUUCGGACUAUGCGGGGCCCCCAGAGCCGCCCGUCGGCCCCCUGCACCCGCGGCUCGGCCCGGAGCCGGGUACCGUGAUGCCGGGCCUCCUGGCGCCCCCCAGCGCCCUGCACAUGUACUACGGCGCGGUGGGCUCGCCGGCUGCCGGCGGGCGCAGCUUCCAGAUGCAGCCGCCGCAGCACCCGCCGGGUCCGGGGCAGCCGUCGCCCCCUCCCGAGGCGCUGCCCUGCCGGGAUGCGGCGGACCCGAACCAUCCCGCCGAGCUCCUCGGGGAGGUGGACCGCACGGAAUUUGAACAGUAUCUGCACUUUGUGUGCAAGCCCGAGAUGGGCCUCCCCUAUCAGGGACACGACUCUAGUGUGAAUCUCCCAGACAGCCACGGGGGCAUUUCCUCGGUGGUUUCCGAUGCCAGCUCUGCGGUGUAUUACUGCAGUUAUCCUGAUGUUUGACAGGCCUCGACCCCAUCCAGCCUGCAGGCCAGAAGCGCAAACAGUGUUACACACUUCCUGGAGGAGUUUAGGAAAUCCUCAGCCUCAUGUUGUUUUGUUUUGUUUAUAAGUUGCCUUGGCAUAUAAUUUAUGGUAAUUUAUUUUGUCUGCCUCUUGAACACUUGGGGGGAGAAAAAUGUGAGGUUGUGCUUUAAAAUUUGCUCACUUAUUUCCAACAGAAGAAUUGUCAAAAGGCCAUUUCCAGGUUCACGUUUACCAGUUUUGACUGUGUCCCAGAACAACUUGUUCCAUUUCCUGAAAAUUUAUUGAUCAAAGAAAUUUUAUCCCAAGUGUGUUUUCUCAAUCUUUAAAAAAAUAAAAUCUGGAAUCCUA